AGGCUACCAAUGGCUAUUAAUUGUGGAUUCUAUUGGAAAGAGCAAUAGAGAAUAUCAGUAUCAAUAACAAAGAAAAGAAAACAAAUUUAGGAGAGACAAGAGAGCGGCGCAAUUAGGAGAAUAAAAGCCUAAGCAGUGGGAAAGCGAAAGAGCAGAGACUGUUGAGAGAAAUUCUGCGUGUACAUGUAUACACAUAUAUACAUUAUACACCUGAAAAAAAUCACCUGAGCCAUUAAAGCAGAGAGAGAAGAAAAAAGUGUGAUUAAGCAUAUAUGUAUUCACUACAAAUACUUAAACGUACGUACAUACAACCUCACAUAUAGAAACCGCAAGGCAUUCAAUAAAUCCCCGGAAAUAUAUAAGUAUUUACAACUAACGAAAUUUUUCGUAUAUAUUAUAUAUCUACAUAUAAUAUAUAAGCAUAUACAUACGUUUAUAAACGCCAGUGGUAAGGAUGCGUUACGUCACUGAGUUCAAUUGUAACUAAUCCCACAUCUUUGCAUGUUAAAGCAGUGACCUUAACCCUUGCCACAUUGUCCAAUGCUAAUGUACCAGCUACAACAAUAGCAAAAGUACACGGAAACAUAUUCCAUGCAGUUAAAUGAUCUCCUACUAAAUAUCCAAUAGUUAAUAACUAAACAAAAGUAAACUCCGGUACGACAAUGAAUGCCCUUGCCAAAGCACAGCAUUUCGCACACACUUUAUGGAUAGCCGGAAUUACUGCUGCCACUGCUGCAGCUCAUCAUGCGAGUGCACACACUCCAAGCACAGAUAAUUUGCUGUCAGAAUCAACAGCAACAGCAACAACAACAAACACGACUUUAACGCUAGCAGCCCGAAUGUUGGCGGGCUUACCAACAUCCGCCGCAAUUUCAGACUUUGCGACAACGGAUAUGGCGCCAGUUGAGGAGGCGAGUAGCAGCGAUGAGAGUGCGGAAAGUGAAGGUGCUGCAGAGACGCAGCCGGAUUUUUUCGAUGUUUUACGGAAGGAAUGCUAUGAGCGGUUGAAUAGCACGGCGACAAAAUUUACGGCAGGUGAAUCCUACUGCGCUGGCACUUUCGACGGUUGGCUCUGUUGGCCGGAUACAGCCGCUGGCACAUCCGCCUACGAACUCUGCCCUGAAUUCGUUACCGGCUUUGAUCCGACAAGAAAUGCGCAUAAGGAAUGCGGAGCAGAUGGCGAAUGGUAUAAACAUCCGCUAACGAAUAAAACUUGGUCCAAUUACACGACCUGCGUCAAUAUGGCGGAUUUGGAGUGGAGGCACAGCAUCAACCUGUUCUAUGAGACCGGUUAUGGCAUAUCGUUGGUAGCAAUUUUGUUGUCUCUCGCUAUACUGAGCUACUUUAAAUCGCUGAAGUGUGCGCGCAUAACACUGCACAUGAAUUUAUUCACAUCGUUUGCAGCGAACAACUCACUCUGGCUGAUUUGGUAUUUGGUGGUGAUGCCCGACUCGGAAAUGCUGAACAGAAAUCCGCCCACAUGCGUUGCGCUGCAUAUAAUACUUCACUAUUUCCUGCUCACAAACUACGCAUGGAUGCUUUGUGAAGGCUUCUAUCUGCACACAGUGUUGGUGUCUGCAUUCAUCUCGGAGAAGAAACUUGUGAAAUGGCUUAUAGCGUUCGGUUGGGGAUCACCGGCAAUUAUCAUAUUGAUUUAUGGCUUGGCGCGCGGUCUUGCUGGUUCAGACAAAAUCAUUACUGAAUGCUGGAUGAAUCCCUCACCAUUCGAUAGUAUACUCAUGGUACCUGUUUGUAUUUCGAUGUUCCUGAAUUUGCUGUUCCUAUGCAAUAUUGUGCGCGUUGUGCUGCUCAAGUUGAAGGCACCAGCCAGUAUACAAGACAGCUGUGGACCCUCACGCACCGUCCUGCAGGCAUUUCGCGCAACACUUCUACUUGUGCCACUCCUAGGACUACAAUACAUUUUGACACCAUUUCGGCCAAAAAACAAUCAUCCUUGGGAACAGACUUACGAAAUUAUUUCAGCAUUUACCGCCUCAUUUCAGGGUCUCUGUGUUGCCACAUUCUUCUGCUUCUUCAACGGCGAAGUUAUUGCCCAGGUGAAGCGCAAAUGGCGCAUGGUUUGCUUCAGUAAUAGGGCUCGUGCAAAUUCCUACACAGCCACUCAGGUCUCGUUCGUGCGAUGCGGCCCGCCCCUGCCCGGCGAAGAGAAGGUAUGACUAAAGGACAUGUCGUCGACAAAAGCACGUCGCGCCUCUAGCGCUGUCACUGGUCGUGGCAGUGGUGGCUAUUCUGGUCCAGGCAGCAGUAAAUCAGCCGCCCGCUUGCGCAGCAACAGCACCGCACCCAGCAGCCAAAGAACGCAUACCAACGCGUCGUCCACGACAGCGGGAGUUAUGGGUGGAUUGCGCAAGUUGCCUUUUCUGCGGCGAAAGACCGUCGAUCAGUUGCGCAUAUGCCAGCCGUUGAUGGAAGAGGGAGCUGGGGGUGGAGGCGAUGAAUUUGUUAGCAGAGCGAGUAACUGCAAUAGCCAAAGGAAAUGUGCGACUGGAACAAUGGUAGUGACAGCUGAAAAUAUGUCGACGACGGCGAUGGCGACGAUAACAACAAAUGCAACAAUAACAACAACCACAUUUACAGCAGCAGCAGCAGCAACAACAACGAGUAACUACUACAACAAUAGCAACAAUAGAAACAGCAGCAGCGGCAGUUAUAGCCUCGAUGGCUGCAGUAUUGAAGGCAACAGUCGCGCUGGCGGCACUUUACUUGUUACCACCACAGCUGUGCAUACCAAUCCUAAUACUUGCACAUACAACAACAAUUUGCACUUGGAUGGCAACAAAAUGGCCGACGAGGCAUUGUAAGCAGCACUACAAUGCGAUGCAAAUGAAAUACGCGCGCUAUGUUGGGCGUAAAUUCCACGGCAGCACAGCAGCAAAAGUGUGGGGUGGCAUGUGGCUGGCGGUGGCGAUGUGGUUAUCAAUUGUGGUAUAUGGUAUGUUUAAUUUCGGGGCAUAUGUAGUUUGAUUUAUUGUAGGAUAUGAGAUAUUUAUAGUCCAUACGUAUGUAACCCAUUUCAGCACACCCUCAGGACUAAGAGCUGCGCUAAUAGCAACAAAUUUAUGAUUACUUAUGUGUGAUUGCUUGGAAAAAGUUGAAAAGCGCAUUGCUUGUUAAUGCAGGCAUGGAAGUGCAAAUUCAUGCAGCCUUAAUGCAAAGUAGUCAAAUAGUGAAUUAGUGUUUUCGUUAGUUAUAUUUUAGUAGAACUUUUGAAUAGUGAAAAAUAACUUAUUCUUUGCACGCAGGAACUCAAAUGGAAAAGGAUAACAGCCAGUAAUGAGUAAAUCGUGCAUAUUAUUUGGAUUGCUAGGCAAGUAAUUAAUUUAAGUUUCAACUAAAUAUAGUAUUAAAGAUAAAGGGUUUUCCAACGGGGACAGAUUAAAAAUAAAAUUAAAAUGGAGCAAAAACAGGCUGUGUGUGAGAGAAUUAUUUUCAAUUUCCUGCAUAUAAUUUUAAUCAUCCAGUCGUAUUAAAGUACUGAUGAAAAGUAAAGUAGCUGAACAGAUUAAAAAUAGAUUUAUUAAGGUGUUUUUUUAAAUAAAUAAUUAGUCUACCUGUUGUAAAGCGAACGUAAACAAGCAUACCUU